CCACGGGUAUGUAGGCGGCCACUGGGCGACAUUCACGGGUCUUUUCCACCUUCACUUACCAAACUACCUGAUACGCAAAUAUGGGUCCGUUUUUACCAGUGCGUCAUGUGAUAUUCACGACACGAGUUCCAAGUACCUUUCUUCUCGACUUGCCCAACCCUUGCCUCGUUCCACGGACGUCGAUAUAGCGUCACGAUACCUCGACAGCAACGGAAAUUUUCGCGAGCUACUUCGCUAUCACCACCAUGAAGGAAGAAGACAUCCUCGCGCGCCAAUCUCGUCCGCAGAAGCACUCGACCUGGGUUCCAAGGAAUCGCGACUGGCGUUACGCGACCGGUGUUUUCCAACAUGAUGACAACGAAAACGCGCCCAACGACCGUUCGGCGUGGGAUGACAUGGACUACGACUAUCAGUUUGCCGAUCUAGAGAAGUGCAGAAGUCGAAGUGGCAGUAGGCAGAGCUACGGCGACAACAAAGCGCUAGGUACAAGGGAUCGGGUGGCUACAACUCCUAAAAUCACGAAGAAGAGGACGCUACCAGAGCCCCCAGGGGCCAAAGUGAGAGUCGAGGCGUUCAAGAAGAAGGCGAAGACUGCGAAGAGGAACGUGUGGAUGUCGGUGUCAAGGCGCCAUCAGAUCAGCAAUGAGGAAACAGAAGGCGAGGAGCCAGACUACCAAACGCAUAGCUUGACUGUCAGGUUGCGCUUCUCAGGCAGGCUCAUCAUAGAGGAUUCACUCCCGGCUAUAUCAACACCAGGUCGUAUGUAUCGUGUACGACCUCUAGACACGCCCGCAAAUCUCCAGAUACCCUACGAUCCUCAUACGCCCGCCACAGCUCGCACCGCAACAUCGCUUCACACUCCACGUAUGCUGGCCUCGGUCGAAUCUGUACACACGUAUCCUCCCUUCCAGCGCACAUGGGUAGACGAAACGAAAGACUUCAACAUGCGAGCAGUCCGCGGGGUUCUACAAAAGCCUGGAUUAGUCGGCAAAGAUCUCGGAGUUCACUAUACAUGGUACAACGACGCAGUCCCCGUGGACGCUCUACUCCCUCCCGGGGUACCCUUAUCCGCCAAAGAAGUCAUGGCCUACUACCCCCACCACGUCCGAUGGAAAAGCAUGAUGCUCCGACUAGCCAACAAUGACUAUCGCGGUGCGGACAUCGUUGGCAUGCAGGCAUUCUUCCGUGGUCCCCCAACAACGGACAUUACGGCGGCAGUCAUGAACAAGUAUCAACGCGACUCAGUUAAGAAGAUUAUCGAGGGCUUCAAAAUCGAAAUUAUCAAUGGAAAGCAUGAUGCCAACUUACAUACCGAUCACCUGGAGCCAGGCAGAUACAUCGCAGAAAGGCGCAGCGGCUACGUGUUGCCGACUUUCAGUGAUCUCCUGGGUGGUUUAAACCAUCUACCUUCUGGUCUUGAUGCUCGUAGCCUCACAGAGUGUCUGAGUUGGUAUCUUAAUUUCCGCGGCUCGUUUACACCGAAGCUAGAGUUGAAUGUAUUGCAUACCCAAGCCCUGAUUCGCGCACUUCGCGUCCCGCUCAAGCGGUAUGGACCGCAGAAUCUGGAUUGCAAUGCGCUCAAAGAAUGGAAAGAGAAGGGGAAGUUUGAGGAGCGGAAGGUGUACUACGAGCCGGCCAGACCUAUGUCGACAAGCACGGAAGAUGCCGCGCGAAGGAGGUCGCAGUUGCACAUGGACCUGGACGACCAAGAAGUGAAGCUCGACGUCCAACUCCCGCUUCGCCACGUCCUCACGUUCCCUUUCCUCGCUCUCCACAGUGUCAUGGGCGAGGCGCUCAAGCUAGGUAUAGAGAGAGCUGAGAACAAGAAAGUUGAGCGAGUGACCGCAGAGGGUAGAGCCAUGCUGGAAGCCAAGUGGGCUGCGAGAGUAGCUGAGAAUGCGGAACCGGAAGAACAGGUGCGGGAUGUGGACGCGCGGCAACUACAUGCGAUGGCGGAGAAGCCUGAAGUGACUGUGAAAGCAGACGACGGCGCCAGGGAGCUUUAUCGCAUACCCAGACGGACACUCACGGCUGAAGCACUACUUACUCUUGCUCCUGCGCCGAGAAGAGCGCCUGCUGCGCCGCUUUCGAAUGGAGGGCCACUUGGUCUCUGCGCAACGCCUGAACCCGUGUACUUCGACUGGGCUUGGGGUACACCAUCCCCUUCUUCCGCAUAUGCGCCUCGCUCCGUGUAUGGGAGGAGGGAGUAUGAGUCGCCAAGGCAGACAGAUCAAAGGAACGGGACGCAGCGUGGUGGGAGGGAGGAUGAUCGUUGUGGAUCAUAUCGUCCGAGAGAUCAGUAAGGGCGAUGUUUUCGUUGGCGGAUGAGGGUGGGAUGAGGAUGACAUAGUCACAUAAUGAUAGCGAAAUCGAUGUGAUAAUGGCUUUUGACGAGCACAUACCAUAAUGUCGGAUUUAGGAAGCGAUUGGGAACUUAAAGUAGUAAUCAGCAGGGUGUGAAGUGGAACAGACGUACCCCGC